UUUCUCAAAAACCAUCAACUGCUGCCUACCGGGUUUCAAAACUUGAGCUUAUAAACUCACUUCCACUUGCUCCUCAAUCUCCUAUCAACCAAAACAUAAAAAAUCUUUUCUGUUUCCACUUACAAUACAAUUUUCGAGCUGAGAGAUGGCAACUUCAGCAAGAAGAGCAUCUUGGAUUGUGGCUGCAAGCGUUGGAGCAGUUGAAGCGCUCAAGGAUCAAGCAGGAUUGUGCAGAUGGAACUAUGUGUUGAGAUCUCUCCAUCAACACGCAUCCAAAGCUAAUAACAGGAGGAUGGCUUCGGCUGCUGCCGCUAACUCUAUUGAGAGAUUGAGGAAGGAGAAGAGCACUGAAGAGAAAGCCAAGCAAUCCGAGGAGUCAAUGAGAAAAGUUAUGUAUUUGAGCUGUUGGGGACCUAAUUAGGACCGAAUAGAUAGACCCAUGAUCGAGUUGUGAUUUGGGUGUCCUUUGAUUUGUCCUUGUAUUUGUACAUAAUCUUGAAAACGAGUUUAGUUAUAAUUUUACGAGAAUUAAUUAUUUGCGUUC